GCCGUUGCAGCAGUAUAAAGGAUCCCACGCUUUUCUAGACAAUUGCAAAUCAUCUUUAGCUGUUCUUCAAUCUUCCCAAUUGAUCACCGUUUCGAGAUCGUCUUUCCAAUCUGCCUCUGGAUUUCGAGUUUAAUCACCGCCCCUUGCCAUUACCGGAAAAGAGAUGCGGAUAGGGAUAUGGACGGUGGUGGUGAACUUGGGACUCGUGUAAGAAAUAUGCGAAUUUCAAAUAACGGCAAGAGCUCCGCCGACGGAACGGCGUCGGGAUCGGAUAUGUGUUUUGUGUUUGGAUGUCGGUUCCGAUUUCGAUCGGCAUUCGAUUCUUACUGUGCUGCUUGCGAGGCGUUCUCUGAACAACAGCUUACUUCGGAUUCAAUGGAGCUCAAGGUUGAGCUCCUUUGAUCGACGCUCUUCUCCCUCCCUUUGACGCUUCUCUCUCUCUCCCUCGCUUUCUAGAGAAAUUUUUUUCCCUUUUUUGGUGGAUAUAAUGGAUUUUUGUUCAAAAUUGGUGGUCGGUAAGUUGGAGGUGAACGACGGGGAGGUGGCAGAGAGGGAUCCAUCUGGCCGUUACGUACGGUAUGAUGAAAUCUUGGGGAAAGGAGCGUUCAAGACUGUAUAUAAGGCAUUUGAUGAAGUUGAUGGAAUUGAAGUUGCAUGGAACCAAGUGAAUAUUGAAGAGGUAUUGCAGUCACCAGAACAGCUAGAAAGAUUAUAUUCUGAGGUUCAUCUGUUGAAGUUAUUAAAGCAUGAAAAUAUCAUCAAGUUCUUUUUCUCUUGGGUGGAUGACGAGAACAAGACUAUUAACAUGAUAACCGAGUUAUUCACUUCUGGGAGUUUGAGGCAAUACCGUAAGAAGCAUAAGCAUGUUGACAUCAAGGCCAUCAAGAACUGGGCAAGGCAGAUCCUUCGAGGUUUACACUAUUUGCAUAGUCACAAUUCUCCUAUCAUUCAUCGGGACUUGAAAUGCGACAACAUAUUUGUUAAUGGUAAUAAUGGAGAAGUGAAAAUUGGGGAUCUUGGAUUGGCGACAGUCAUGCAGCAACCUACAGCUCGAAGUGUUAUUGGUACUCCUGAAUUUAUGGCUCCAGAGCUCUAUGAUGAAGAGUACAACGAACUUGUUGACAUCUAUUCUUUUGGCAUGUGCAUAUUGGAGAUGGUAACGUGUGAGUAUCCAUAUAGUGAAUGCAGGAAUCCAGCACAAAUAUACAAGAAGGUCACAUCUGGUAUCAAGCCUGCCUCGCUCUCUAAAGUGAGUGAUCCCGAAGUCAAGGAAUUCAUAGAGAAGUGCCUAGUUCCAGCGCCUAUGAGAUUGCCAGCUGUGGAGCUCCUGAAAGAUCCAUUCCUCUGGACUGCAAAUUCAAAGGAGCUCCAUUGUGAAUCUACUCAGUUACCGAAUCUCAUGACCAAAUCAGUUAUCCUACCACAACCAGAACCUCUUCCUAUGGAUAUUGAUGCUUGUCACAAGAAGUCUUCUGUUGGUUCUUGUGCAAAAGGGUUAUCUGAAACCUCUCAAUUUUCAACUCUAGAAUUCCAGAGCUUCACUGAAAGUAAGGAAUUCAGGUUGAGAGGGGAGAAAAAUUCUGAUAACUUGGUUUCUUUUCAUUUACGCAUUGCAGAUUCAUGUGGUUGGGCAAAGAACGUCCAUUUCCCUUUCUUUAUUGAUUCUGAUACGGCAAUUUCAAUAGCACAAGAAAUGAUUGAACAAGUUGAUUUGUCAAAUGAAGAUGUGUCUGUCAUUGCUGAGUUGAUUGAUAACAUGAUAGUGAAGUUCACAUGCAAUUGGAAUGCGUCACUUGAAAGUACUUUAAGUGAAGCAGAUGGAUUGUUCGUGCAUUCUUCUGUGGUGCAAAAGAAUGGGGUCUCGUUGAACAAGGAAAACGCUUCUUCAUGUUCUGGUAGUGUGAAUGACCAUGAAACUCCUGAAUUGGACAGUUCAGAUAUAUCUGCUGUGUUCAGUGUCCCAGUUGUCUCUGAUGGGAGUACUAACAAGCGUUUGGGAUUUUCUAAUCAUAGUCUUUGUGAGUCCACCAAGAAUUCUGAUAUCUCAUUGAUUGAUUCAAGCUCUGAUCCAUAUAAAACUGUAAGUUUGUCCAGUAUCUGCUCUCUAUCCCUAGCAGACAAGGAUCAACACGACGAGCUAAAGCUGGAGCUUGAUGCAAUUGAUUCACAAUAUGACCAUUGUUUCCAAGAACUCUUGAAAAUGAGGGAGGCUGCAGUCGAAAAUGCCAAAAAGAGGUGGCUGACAAAGAAGAAAAUCUCUGUUAUAUGA